CACGUUUCUGGAAAUUCAUUAGUCUCAUCAGCAAAUUACGCACCAAUAGGCAAGAUUCACCAUGAGUCGUAACACCAUGGACCCUGUAAGAUGGAACUUGUUUUCGCAGUUGGGGUAUGUGAGGUAAUCAGCUUCAGAGUAGCGAUGUGUUCGAUAUAAAGCUUCCAUCUUACAAUCAACAAUCAAUCCAACAAUCACCUCGCUAGCAUCAAAGCAUCAAAGCAUACCAAAUAUCAACAUGCCUCUUACUUCUACCCGCAACCACCGCACCACCGCGGCUCCCCGCACACGGGCCACCCGCUCUACUGCACACCCGAGCCUCAAGAGCAAGCUCUUGGGUGGCACCAACCGCCGAACAGCUACCAAGCGCAACCCUGUCACCGGCACAACAACUACCACUACCACUACCACCAAGACCACAAGGACGUCUGGCGGCCGCACUGCAGGCCACACCACUGCAGGCCCAGUCCAUCACCACAAGCGCCAUGCCACUAUGGGCGACAAAGUCUCCGGUGCACUCACCAAGCUCAAGGGCACCCUGACCGGCCGACCUGGAGUCAAGGCUGCUGGCACUCGCCGUAUGCACGGCACUGAUGGCCGCAACGCCCGUCGCGUCUACUAGAUGCGCUUUAUACGAUGUUGAUGAUACCCUUUGAGCGUUCUGUUGGUGCGGCUCCGCAGUUGUGGAGCAAUUGUAAGAUAGUGUGACCGAGCGACAAUAUCCUGCUCGCGUAGUCUAAUGUAUCGAAUUCAAAUCUGCAUAUUCACUCGUACCGUUC